UGACGAGGCUGGGGGGAGCCCGGCCGAGCUGUCGCCGGUGCUGGGGCUCAGCCGAGCCCGUGCGAUCGCAGCCAGAGCUGUGCAGACACCUCGGUGCUCGCUGGUGUCACGGGGGGCCGGACAGGGCUUUGGGGUCUGUUUCGAGGAGCAGAGAGGUGCAGGGAGUCCAUCAGCAGCGUGUCCCGGGGGCCUGGACCAUGUUCCUGGAGGUGCAGCCAGCAUCUCCCCUCUGUCCAGCACGCAGUGACGUGGAGUCCCGGAGGGGAAAUGCAUCCUGAAUGGGGCUGAGGCCCCCUGCUCGGGAAUAUGCGGCCUCGGCACCGCGGAGGCAGCACCAGGGCAGCGGCCGGCGUGCGGCGGGAUGGUGGCAACCUUCAAGAUCGCCGUGCUGGGAGCCCAGGGCGUGGGCAAGAGUGCCAUAGUCCGGCAGUUCCUGUACAACGAGUUCAGCGAGGUGUGCGUGCCCACCACGGCCCGCCGCGUCUACCUGCCCGCCGUGGUCAUGAACGGCCACGUCCACGACCUGCAGAUCAUGGACUUUCCCCCCAUCACCGCCUUCCCUGUCAACACCCUGCAGGAGUGGGCGGACGUGUGUUGCAGGGGGCUCCGGAGUGUCCAUGCCUACAUCCUGGUCUAUGACAUCUGCUGCUUUGACAGCUUCGAGUACAUCAAAACCAUCCGCCAGCAGAUCCUGGAAACAAGGGUCAUCGGCACCUCGGAGACGCCCAUCAUCAUCGUGGGCAACAAGCGGGACCUGCAGCGGGGCCGGGUCAUCCCGCGCUGGAACGUCUCCAACCUGGUGAAGAAGACGUGGAAGUGCGGCUACAUCGAGUGCUCGGCCAAGUACAACUGGCACAUCCUGCUGCUCUUCAGCGAGCUCCUCAAGAGCGUGGGCUGUGCCCGCUGCAAGCACGUCCACACCACCAUCCGCUUCCAGGGCGCGCUGCGCAGGAACCGCUGCACCAUCAUGUGAGAUGUGAGCCCCCCCUGCCCCCGGGGACCCCCGGCUCCGCUCCCCGGAGCGGCGCUGGAGGCACCUCCGUGUCCCCUGCGGUGACAUCUGGGGACGGGGAGCCCUGGGCAGGGCGGUGCAGUGGCCAGCAUGGACAGGGAGGUGGCCAGGCUGGACAGAAGGUGGCCAGGCUGGACAGGAGGCGGCCAGGAUGGACAGGAGGUGGCCAGGCUGGACAGGAGGCGGCCAGGCUGGACAGGGAGGUGGCCAGGCUGGACAGGAGGCGGCCAGGAUGGACAGGAGGUGGUCAGGAUGAACAGGGAGUGGCCAGGCUGGACAGGAGGUGGCCAGGCUGGACAGGAGGUGGCCAGGAUGGACAGGAGGUGGCCAGGAUGAACAGGGAGGUGGCCAGGCUGCCUGGGCAUGGUGAAGGGUGAGGGUGAUCCUUGGUUAAUCCCCUGAGCUCUCUCCGGUGCUUGAGGCCGGAGCCAUCCCGGGGGGGUGUGCCCGGCACUGGAGGGUGGAGGAGAAGCCUCGGAGGGUGCCCAGAUUUUGGCUGUCGGUUCAUCCUUGCCGGCCCUGCCCUGGCAGCGCAGGGGCAGCGCUGCUGCUGCCAUCCCCUGCUCCUGGAGGGGAAUUACCCAGCGCCUGCACCCCGCUGUUCUGGGCGUGCUUCUGUCCUUGGGGCAUAGGGGAACAGGAAUCCUGCUUUUCCCCUUGUGGAGCUGGGAUUUCUCCCUAUGGAGAGCAGCCAGGUUACAUGGGCUGUCUUUGAGCUCGGUCGGGUCAAAUUUCCAGGUGGAAUUUCUGGAUAAAAGCGAGAAAGGGGGAAAAAAAGUAAGUCUCCAUCCUGCUCCUGAUAUCCCCAGGAUGCUGGAUUCUGCCUUCCCAGGGCUCGGAGCUCCCCUCUGCCCCAGCACAGCCCCGGAAGGCUUCUCCUCCCCCCCAGCCUGUGAACACCAAAUAAUCUGGGAACGCUCUUUGCCGGUCAGGUCACCCCUCGCUACCUCUCGUCCCGGGCUCAGCAGGGGACCGGCUUUGUUCCACCCCAGCCCCGCGGUGUCCCGGCCAGGGGGGCAGGGGUCCACUGUCCCUGUGCCAGGACAGCCACCGGCACGGCCACCAGCUCCCACCCCGCUGGGUUUUCCCACAGGGAUGUCACCUCCAUCCCGGUGAGACCCUCGGCAGCAGCCGGGAGCUGGAGCAGCACUUCCAGUUGUGUUCUUGGGGUUUUUUUCUCUCUGCAUAUCCCUUAUAGGAAAGUGAGUCCCCCGUUUAUUUUUUUUUAAAUUUUAUUUAUUUUUUUUAAUCGUUCUGGUUUAUUUUUCACACCAGAGUUGCAGCUUGCCUGCAGCCUGCCCUGCAGGGUGGGUUGGCAAAGGGCAGCCCCUGUUAGGAGAUGAUGAUGAUGAUGAUGAUGGGGCAGUGAAGGGCGAGCAAGAGGCCAAAGGGGUCGUGGUUUGUCCAUGGCUGGUCCUUGUGUGACACAGGGAAACACCAUCCUCACCUCCUGAGGCAGGAUCUGUGUCUGAUCCGUCCUCCAGCAAAACCAUCUCUGUAAUUCCUGCUGUAGCAAGGAGCUGGAGGGGCUCAGCGCUGCUCUGGGCAGCAAACCAGGACACCCAGCCCUGUCUCCCACCACAGCCAGGUGUCCACGGCCCAGCAGCUCCGCUGUGCCCUCGAAAUUCUUCCCGUUAAAGGCAGCUCCAGCUGAGCUCCAGUGCCUCUCAGCGCCCCAUCCCUGCCCCAGGGCUGGGGGUACACACCCUGCUGCUCCCUCCCUGCUUGGGGAAUCAAACCCCUUGCUCCAAAAUUAACAGAAAAAGGGAAAAAAUGAGGAAAGACAAUGGGAGGGGACACGGGGCCAUCUCAGCCGGGAAGGGCAGUGGCACUUGUCACCAUCCCUCGCCUUCACGGCAAGCCCGGCUCCCCCAGCCAAGCUCAUCCUGUCAGGAUUUAUUAACACAUGUAAGUCCACUUAUCGAUCUCUGGCUAGAGCUUUAUCCCUCUAAAUUGUCUGAGAAGGAAAUUCCUCAGUAAAUGCUAAUAAUAAAGCAUUUAUGAAGUGCUCCGACGUACACAUAUCAACGACUAAGCCAAUACAUUGUUUGUUAUAACCCUGUAGCCUGCAGUUUAUAGCACAAUUAGUUACAGGUUUUUAUAGCAUCUAUUUAGUAUUUUGAAGAAAAAAAAAACCAAAAAAAAACCAAAAAAAAAGAGGUUAUAAAUAUAAUUGUUAUAUUCUAUUGUACUUUAUAGACAGAGGAAGUUAUAUUAGUAAUAAUAACAACUCUCACUGCUUCGACAGCAUUUCCCAGCUCCCGGGAAAACGAGGGCUACAAAGAGUUACUUUCCCAAGAGCCCAGGAAGGGGUUGGUGGUGGUGGUGGCACCCUGGGUGCAGGCAGGGAAUCCCAGGCAGGAAGAUCCGAGGUUUCCAGGCGCAGGGAUCGGAGCUCACGGGAGCACAGCAGCAGCCACGAGCACCCCGCAGCCCUACUCACACCUUACUACAGAUUUACCACUCACCCAACGCCACCCUGGUCCUGCUGAGAGCAGCCUGGGCCUGGCACAGGCUGGGAUGGCCCCACUGCUGUGCCCAGGGCAGUGCCAGGUUUCUGCCCCCGUGCUCGUGGAGGUGAUGCCUGGGUUUGGUUCAGCCCCACCAAGGAUGCUUCCCUCUCCCUCCCUCCUCCUCCUGCCCCACUGAGCAUCCCAGUUGCCUGGACUUGGCUUUCCUUUCCCCCCCUGGACUCCUUGUUAGAGAUUCCUGAGGUGUCUACACCGCCUGUGACGCCCUGCACCUCCUUCUUUGAAAUUGAAUUAAAAAUCAGGUCUGUCCCCCUUGUUCCA